AGAUUUCUGGCAAACACAGUGGACCAAACUUCACCAAGCCUUGGGUGGAAAUGAGGCGGCCAUGUUUUUUAUCGGGACCAUGUUGGUGCCAACGCUGGCUUUCUGGUUGUUUAACGCCCUCCUGAUGGUGGUGGACACGACUGGAAAGCCAAACUUCAUCACACGUUACAGGAUUCAGCCUGACAGAAACAAUCCGGUGGAUGCGGCGCGGUUACGGUACGCGGUGAAGACGGUGCUCUUUAACCAGGUGUGUCUGUCUGGUCCUGUGGUGGUGCUCACCUACAUGGUGAUGAAGAGGCGAGGCGAUCCGUGCGGCCCAGAGCUGCCCACCUUCCACUGGGUGCUGCUGGAGCUGGCCGUCUGCGGCCUGAUGGAGGAGAUACUCUUCUACUACACACACAGGCUCGUUCACCAUCCGUCGCUCUAUAAGAGCAUCCAUAAGAUCCAUCACGAGUGGACGGCUCCUGUUGGAGUGGUGGCGCUCUACGCUCAUCCGGUGGAGCAUGUGCUGUCGAACAUGCUGCCGGCUCUGAUGGGUCCGGUUCUGCUGGGCUCACACGUCUCCACCACCAGCCUGUGGUUCACCAUCGCUCUGCUGGUCACUACGGUCUCUCACUGCGGCUACCACCUGCCCCUGCUUCCCUCGCCUGAGUUCCACGACUACCACCAUCUCAAGUUCAAUCAGUGCUAUGGAGUGCUGGGAGUUCUGGACAGACUUCACGGGACGGACGAGAAGUUUCGUAAUGCUAAAGCGUACGAGCGGCACAUGGUCCUGCUGGGUUUGACCCCGCUGAGCGAGAGCAUCCCUGACCAUCCCAAGAAAGCGCAAGAUUAACCGCGCUGGGUCUAUACGCUCACUGAACAGAAUCACAGCCCGUUAGAGGAGUAUGCAUCAACACUACAUCAGCUGUGAUGGAUCUGGAGUCACACACAUUCCUGCGUGUAACGUCACAGUAUUCAGCUCGAGGUGAUUGUACUGCUGAAGCUUCACUGGUCAUUCUGCAGAGUUCUGGACUCAUGCAAAGAGACCCUGAUUAUGAGAUCAGUCCUUUUUAUUGUUGAUCCUGUCACUUUGCGUCAGAAUAGCAUUGUAUUCACGGAUGAUGAAAAUGAUUUUAAUACUUGUGAUAAAUGCUAUAUUUUAAUACUGAAAUCUAGUAAUGGUGUUUGGAAAUAAACGUGUUCUGUCCCUCAUGAUUUGUGACAUCAGUUUCUGGAGUUUAUCACAAACUUCACUCAUUAAAGCUGAUCUGCUGUA